GUGCCUGCAUCAUCUGGCUGGGCUUGUUCAUUGAGCUGGCUGACUUGGGCAGCAUCUUCCCAACAGCUGGUCGAUACGGUGACGGUCAAUUCGGUUAUCACCGGUUUCUGCAAGAGAUCAAUCUGGAUCUGGAUGCGCUGCGCUUGAAUUGGGGCAUUUUGCCAGAUACAGUCUUUUGCAACACCUUCCUGCGAGUUAUGGAAAGAGGACAGCUCUGGCAAGAAGCGGUACGUUCUUUCAUCAGGAUGCAGCGGGCUAGAGCCGAUGCAGAUGCUGUUGGACUGAGCACAUUGCUAUCAGCCACAGCCAAGGCGAGUUCAUGGACUCAAUCCAUGUUUCUCUUUCUCCAUAUUCGACGUCUGGGUCUUGCUCUAACGGUCGUUAGCUACAAUGCGGUCAUGAACGGCUGCUCUAUGUGUGCAGCUUGGACGCAGGCAGCAGUGCUGCUUUGGGACAUGCACAUCAGGGCCAUGUUGCCAGAUGUGGUGUCCAUGAACACGUUCACUUCUGCAUGCAGCCCCUGCGGCAAGUGGGCGCAGGCCCUUCAUGUGCUUCCCUUUGCGGACGCCUUCGGCUUGGCUUCUGCAGCAAGAGCAUGUGCCACUGCUCUGCGGUGGCACAGCGCCCUUGGGCUCCUGCAAGGUGAUUCGGUGGGGAUAAUUGAAUGCAAUGCUAUUUUGAAUGCCUGUGCGGAGGCAGGGGAAUGGCAAGCGUGCUUGUGCGUGCUAGAGUACAUUCGGAAGACUGGACCCGAACCAACCUUGGUGACCUUUGCAUGUCUUGCAAAGGCUAUCUAUACUGGGCUAGCGAGUGAGGCAAAGCGCCCCAGACCAACGUGGGAGUUAUCCCUGCUUCUGGUCGCAAUGCGCGAACAAACGGGAAUGGCACAAGCCACACGAGGACGGACGCGCUCGCAAAACAACGGCAACCUUGACAUUUUCCUCAGCAGCUGCAAUUUGGCGCUGGCAGAUAAUUCACAGUGGGAGCAGGGCAUUAGGAUGCUAGCGCAGCUUGAAUUCCCAGCAGAUUCAGUGAUAGACUGCAGGGUGACUUUUGCUCCCAACCAACAGGUCUAG